AUGCUACAGUGUAGGCCCGCCCAGGAGUUCAGCUUCGGCCCCCGCACCCUGAAGGAUGCCCUAGUGUCCACCGACACGGCCCUGCGGCAGCUCUAUGCCACAGUCUUCUCCCCGGCAGAGCGGCUGUUCCUCGCUGAGGCCUACAAUCCCCAGGGGACCCUCUUCUGUUCCCUGCGGAUCCACACAGCCUCCGACUGGCUCCUGAGCCGCCCCGAGGCCCCCGAGGACUUCCAGACCUUCUACCAGUCCCUGCUGCGCCGGAAGCCAAGCCCGGGCCGGAAGCACAUCUACCUGCAGCCCAUAGAUCUGAGCGAGGGGCCAGUGGGACGGCCCCUGCUGGACAGUGUGCGGAGCUGCACUGAGGCCUUCUUCCUGGGCCUGAGGGUCAAGUGCCUCCCCUCGGUGGCAGCCACGUCCAUCCACUGCUUCUCACGCCCCAGGCGGGACUCAGACCGGCUCCAGUUCCACACAGACGGGGUCCUCUCCUUCCUGAAGAGCCGCAAACCAGACGACGCGCUCUGUGUGCUGGGCCUCACGCUGUCCGACCUGUACCCCUGCGACAGCUGGAACUUCACAUUCAGCAAGUCCUUCCCUGGGCACGAGGUGGGUGUCUGCAGCUUCACCCGGUUCUCAGGGGAGUUCCUGUGGCCAGAGCCCGGCACCUCGGACCCCGUCCAGGCAGAGGUGGCUGCAGGUGACCCCAAAGUCCCUGUGCAGCCAAGAGUCCAGACACAGAGCUUCAGCACCCUGGGGAUGGCCCUGUGCUGCCAGGUCACGUGUCAUGAGCUGUGCCACCUCCUGGGCCUGGGGAGCUGCCGCUGGCUGGGCUGCAUUAUGCAGGGUGCGCUCAGCCUGGACGAGGUCCUGCGGCGGCCCCCUGACCUCUGCCCCAUCUGCCUACGGAAGCUGCAACACCUCCUGGGCUUCCAGCUCCUUGACAGGUACAAGGAGCUCUAUGCCUGGACCCAGGCCGCGGCAGGGACCUGGCCCCACUGGGAGGCGGCCGAGCAGUCAGAGUCAGAGAACACGCUGCCCCGCAGUGCCGACUCGGGGCUGGGCAGCGACAAUGACCCAGAGGCCCUCAGCAGCCUGUUGGAGCCCCUGACGCCCGACGGGAGCGGCCCCGAGCUGGAGCCCUCGGAGGGCCCGAGCCCCCCGGUGGACCUGGACGGCCUGCCCACGGAGGCCCUCCGGGAGCAGGGGCUGUGGCUGACAGCCUGCAUCAGGGCCCUGGAGAGGGAGGUGACCGAGGAGGAGCUGGCGCGGCUGGAUGGGGCCGUGGACGAACUGGCUCAGUGGGAGCUGUUCUCUGGGCAGCUCCCAGCCCCACGACAGGCCUUGCCUGGCGGCCAGGACUGCGGGGGACUGCGGCGGGCCCUGGGGGACGCGCUGUCAGCCUGGAGGAGGAAGCUGGGCUCGCGGAAGCUGGCCAAGGCGGAGUUGCCCCCCUGCCGCUGGACGCAAGGGGACGAUUAG